UUUUUUAUUUUUGAGUGAUUAAAAAGGAAUAAUUAAUGUUAAGAGUGAAAAUGAUUUAAUAAUAGUAAUAAAAAAAAUCGAGGGGGAAGAAAAUUAACGCAAAAGAAUAAGAUGAAGUUGAGAUCAAACAUAAAAAAGAAAAAUGUACUGUGGUGAAAAAUUUAACGAUGAUCAACAGCAUCAAAGAUUUUUGUUGUUGUCGUCGGAUCAUUUCUGUUGGCACAAAUAUUGUUGUUGUUGUUGUGUGGUGCAGAAAUUUCGACCACUAGAUGCAACCAUCAGCAUCGGUUUCAUCGCCCACUGAGAUGGACUUGCAAGCAAUGCAAUCGAUGAGCUGGUUGUUCAAAAAGGAAAAUUUUUUCAACCUGGCCCAAUUCUAUCAACACACUGCCGCAUUGAAAGAUAAAGAUAUAGCCGAAUUAAAAGGACAGGUGGCUUCCUUAGAAAAUAAAUUAGAAGCGAAUAUGGAUCGGCAUAGCUUCGAAAGUGAGAUAACCGCAAAAGAAAAACAGUUUUUGUUACAGAUUUCGCAACUCGUCGAAGAAUUACAACGAAAAGAAGCUACGAUAGCGAAACUACACGAGGGUUUCUCAAAAGUGCCGAUUUUAGAGGAACAACUGGACCAAAAGAACCAAUACAUAGCCAAAUUGGAGGCGAAAUUGGAGAGUCAAAAAGAUUACGAAGAUAUCAAAAAAGAAUUGAGCAUUCUUAGGCUUUCGACGCCGACGACGACGCCGUCGCUGGAAAAUCAAAAACCGUUAAAUUUGGAUAACCUAAAAUUGGAGCCGGUCAUUACGAAAAGUCCCGAGCCUUCGUUACCGGAAGAGCGAAAAUCCCCGAAAACAACGCCAUUUCCCCCGCAUUUUCAAAACGUUGAAACUUUCGGAACGUUACUCGGCGAAGAAAUUGUUGCGAAUUGGAAGCGAAGUAUCGAAACUUUAAGCGGGAAAGCAGUUUUAAGUGAAACUGAGACAACCGAAAAAAGCACAGCUUCAACCCCGCAACCUCAAGAAAUUAUCCGACAAAAUUCGCCGAUUAUUAACGGUCAAAAUAACCCUAAAAGCCCGGAAGAUAAUAAUAAUUUAAGUCACAACAAUAACAACAACAACAUCCCAAUUUUAACCUCAAACGUAACAGUUUUGGCAAACAAUUUCUUAAAAACGGAAGAUUUAAAAAGCCCAUUUCGAUUCGAAGACCACCAACCCCAACAACAACAACACCCACAACAACAACAAAGAUCGUUUCGGUUUGCCGAAGACAUGGGACUCCCGCCCGGUUCGAUGGUCGGGCGUUUAGGUGAAAGUUUAAUUCCAAAGGGCGAUCCGAUGGAAGCGAGGUUACAAGAAAUGUUGAGGUUCAACAUGGAUAAAUAUGCGAGUCAAAAUUUGGAUACGUUGCAUAUCUCGAGGAAAGUUCGAGAGCUGCUUUCGAUUCACAAUAUAGGUCAAAGACUGUUCGCCAAAUACAUUUUGGGGUUAUCGCAGGGCACCGUUUCGGAAUUACUCUCAAAACCGAAACCUUGGGAUAAAUUAACGGAAAAAGGGCGAGAUAGUUAUCGGAAAAUGCACGCGUGGUCAUGCGAUGAAAAUGCGGUGCUUUUAUUGAAAAGUUUAAUACCAAAGAAAGAUAAUUUUUCAACAGGCAAAGAGAUUGCAUCUUACGGUGGUCGUCAAGAGACGGGUCCUCGCGAAGCCGAUUUCAACGACGAAAGAAUCGCUCACAUCCUAAACGAAGCUUCGCAAAUCCACGGCUCAAAACAUAACCUCCAAACCACCGAAGACACGCACAGCAACGAAGACUCGAAAUCGCCGCAAGGAUGUUCGAGCCCCUUCUCGAAGGACUCGUCACAAAACCGAAAACUAAAAAAAUACGAAAACGACGAUAUCUCCCAAGAGAAAGUCGCGCGAAUUUACCAAGAAGAGAUGGCCAAAUUGAUGGGGCGAAGAAUCGAAGAUUUUCGGACAUCUCGCGAUGCGAUGUUUUUACCUCAAAUUUUUGCUGGGGGACAUCUUGAGCGUAGUCAGGAAGAGAUGCGAGCUCUUUUGGAUGCUUACCAUCAAUUGGCGAAGAUGAAUUCGUGCGGAAAUCAAGGUGGGUUUGGAAAUUUUGGGUUAUUAGCGCUUCAUCAGCAGGCGUUGGCGCAACAAAAUGGGGGGGUCCAAGAUUUAUCAUUACCAAAAGACAAAAAAAUCAACGGAGAUGACCAAUCCAAAGAAGAUAACAAUACCAAAGACGAUUCAAAUUUACCCAAUUCAAAAGUAGGAAGUGCUUUUAGUUUGGUUAAGCCAAAACUUGAAACAUCUUCAUCGACGACAUCAAGUCCUUUGGGUAAUACGAUUUUACCACCGAUAGGGGGAGGGGGUGAUGUUGAUUUUGGUACGGCAGCUUCGGCGAGUCCGCUUCAAAGAAUGGCUUCGAUUACGAAUUCUUUAAUCUCUCAACCUCCUUCGCAACCUCACCCCACCACGAAUCAACGACCUUUAAAAGCGGUUCUUCCCCCGAUUACUCAACAACAAUUCGAUAUGUACAAUAAUCUUAACACUGAAGAUAUCGUGAAAAAAGUGAAAGAACAAUUGAGUCAAUACUCGAUUUCUCAACGAUUAUUCGGCGAAAGUGUUUUAGGUUUAAGCCAAGGAUCCGUUAGUGAUUUAUUAGCAAGACCUAAACCUUGGCAUAUGUUAACGCAAAAAGGUCGAGAACCUUUUAUAAGAAUGAAAAUGUUUCUUGAAGAUGAUAACGCCGUUCAUAAAUUGGUGGCGAGCCAAUAUAAAAUAGCCCCGGAGAAAUUAAUGCGGACCGGAGGUUAUGGUGGAGCUUGUAACAUCAAAGGUAAUUUAAAUCAAAAUACUAAGAUUCUCACGGACGCCACUGGAAUUUUAACUCAACUCUCGAAAGACGUUCAAAACCCUCUUCUCCCGCCUAAUUUUAAUCAUAACCUUACGAACCUCGCCCAAAAUCAAUUAUCAAAUUUAACAUCGAAUCAACUUUCGAAUUUGAGUUCGAAUCAUUCGGCGACGCCGAUGUUGUUGACCCCACCCGGGGUUCCCCCGCAUCACGCGAUUAGUUUGCAAAGUCAACAAGAUCACCAACAGCAGCAGCAUCAGAUGAAAAAAUCUUCGGUUAGUCCGCAUUUGGGGAUGGGACCAACUCCUGGGGGGGUUGUUCCAAAUCAACAACAACAACAACCACAUGGAGUUGCGAUGAGGUCGUUACAUCAACACAUUUCGCCUAGUGUCUACGAGAUGGCGGCGUUGACGCAAGAUUUGGAUACUCAAGUGAUUACGACGAAAAUUAAGGAGGCUUUGUUGGCGAAUAAUAUUGGACAGAAGAUUUUUGGUGAAGCCGUCCUCGGUUUAUCUCAAGGCUCAGUCAGCGAACUCCUUUCAAAACCAAAACCUUGGCACAUGUUGAGUAUAAAAGGUCGCGAGCCGUUCAUCAGAAUGCAGCUUUGGCUAAACGAUGCUCACAACGUUGAUCGUUUGCAAGCUUUGAAAAACGAACGUCGCGAAGCGAACAAACGCCGAAGAAGUUCCGGCCCCGGAACGCACGACAACAGCUCCGACACUUCCAGUAAUGACACCUCAGAGUAUUACCAUUCAAAUUCACCAGGCCCCGGACCUCCAGUUCCGAAGAAACAACGAGUUUUAUUCACCGAGUAUCAAAAGAUCGCUUUAAACGUAGCUUAUGAUUUAAAAAAUUACCCGAAUCAAUCUGACACCGAUUUUCUCGCGAUGGAGUUAGGAUUACCAGAUCGAACCGUUAGCAAUUGGUUUCAUAAUCAUCGGAUGCGAUUAAAACCAAGCGGAAAUACAAUCGAUCGAGAACAAAGUCAAAAUCAACCCGGUUUGGAUCCGACACGAUUUCGAUUAUUAUUAAAUAAAAAAAUGCUUGAAUUAAGUCAAGAAAGAAUCGGAUUAGCUAAUUUACCCAUAGGUUAUCCGUAUUUAGCGUCAAAUCCGAAUAUUGCAGCCGCUUUAAUCAGUCGUGGAUUACUUCCAUCUGAAUUAGAUUUGAAUUCGUUAAAUAACGCGGUGAAAGAACAAAUGUCCGGUUUAGAUUUAACGAUUUCUUCAUCGGGGAUUAAAAGGGAAUCUCCGGAUUUCGUUGAAGAUGACGAAGAAAUCAUCAGCAACGCUUCCGAGGAUUCAAAUUUAUCCGAAAACCAUUUAAACUCAACUCAAAACAAAGAAAAUUCGAAUCGAACGUUGCCAAAUCAUCAAAACCCACAUCAAAAUCAACAUCAAAUUCACCAUCAUCACCACCACCACCAAAAUAACCAAAGUCGAUCGUCACGAAGAAAACCUGCAGCUCCACAAUGGGUCAAUCCAGAUCAAAAUCAUCACCAAACGCACCAUCAAAACGAUGAAGUCAUCAUCAAUGGGGUUUGCGUGAUGCAAACUGAUGAUUUUUCGCGAAGAAAUUCGUUAGAAACCGUUCGAAUCGAACCCCAAGCUGUCGUUGAUGGUUUUGACGUUGACGAUCGAAGCGAAACAUCCUCAGUGAGUCAAGAAAACGACCAUCAUCACAAUCGCGAUCACCGAGAAGGCGAUCAAAGGCGAUUAAGUGAAAGUUUAGCGGAGAAAAACGACGGGGAUGAUGUAAAAAAUGAGAAUGAUGGUGUUGAAGGGGUCGUCGAGCGGGUUAAACAGGAACGGGACGACGAAGACGGUCACGAAGGGCUCGACGAUAGUCGAUGGGAUUAUUAAUUGUGGGGGUUGAGAGAUUUUCGGAAAUGGUUAAAAAUCGAUUCAAAAAAAUCAUCAAAAAUUUAUUAUUAACGUGGUUUUAGAAAAAUGUCGAAAAUAAAUGACGAGAUUUUAACGAAUUAAUCAAAAAAUCGUAAUCGCGCUAAAAAAUGCUUUAAAACGAUACCAAACACGACUAUGUUAUCUUUAA